AUAAGUGAGAUUGCUUUAAGCAAUUGUAAUAAUGAUGACAAAUAUCUCUUUUCUUAAUUAAAUUUCUUAUAUAAUAUCAUAUUGUGUACUUCGAACCAUGGCGCACAGAGAAAACUUGAAUCCGAUUUGAUAUGGUACUCGAGAAAUUUCAGCUUUGAGUUGAUUUGGAAAUGGGUUUUUCUCGGGUGAGGGGUUACACUUUUUGAGAGAGAAGCAACAUAAAAAAACCAGUCAAAUCAAAUUCAUUUCCUUGGACCGACUCCAUCGAACGGAGAGGAUCUAUUCUUAUACUGACCUCCCAGCAAUCCAUUAUUACAAAGAAGAUGAGAAGAUCAGAAAGAAAAAUAGAUUGUUCAAACAUCGGAUGAAAAGAACAUUAUCGUGGUAGUCUCCUUUUCCAUUAAAGCAAUUUCUAAAGUGAUUGGUCACGGGUACGCACUGAAACAACACCAGCGAACCAGAACCAGCAUCACCACCAAGGUUGAAGAAAAGCGCAGUGGUAAACAAUCAAUCAUAACCUUCUCUACAUAGUAGCGCCUGCCUACAUAUGGACAGCAAAAGUGUAGUUGUCUGUGACAAUGGCACUGGGUAUGUCAAGUGUGGAUUUGCUGGAGAGAAUUUUCCCACCUCUGUAUUCCCUUGUGUGGUAGGAAGGCCCAUGUUACGGUAUGAAGAGUCUCUCAUGGAAGAACAGUUGAAGGAUAUCGUUAUUGGAGAAGCUUGUGCUGACUUGAGGCAUCAACUGGAUAUAUCAUAUCCUGUUAACAACGGAAUAAUUCAGAACUGGGAUGACAUGGGUCAUGUGUGGGACCAUGCUUUUUUUAAUGAACUUAAAAUAAACCCAGCAGACUGUAAGAUUUUACUCACAGACCCGCCUCUUAAUCCCUCAAAAAAUCGCGAAAAAAUGGUUGAGACUAUGUUCGAGAAAUACAACUUUGCUGGCGUCUUUAUUCAGAUCCAGGCUGUCUUAACAUUGUAUGCCCAAGGUCUACUGACAGGAUUAGUCAUUGACUCUGGUGACGGUGUUACUCAUGUGGUUCCUGUUGUUGAUGGCUACUCAUUCCCUCAUCUGACUAAGCGAAUGAAUGUAGCUGGUCGGCACAUUACUUCCUAUCUUGUUGAUUUACUGUCACGGAGAGGGUAUGCAAUGAAUAGGACAGCUGAUUUUGAGACUGUUAGGGAAAUAAAAGAGAAGCUCUGCUACAUAAGUUAUGAUUACAAAAGGGAGUAUCAAUUGGGUCUUGAGACAACAAUCCUCGUUAAGAAUUACACUCUGCCGGAUGGAAGGGUAAUAAAAGUAGGCACUGAGCGGUUCCAGGCACCAGAGGCCCUUUUUACACCAGAACUUAUAGAUGUUGAAGGUGAUGGAAUGGCUGAUAUGGUUUUUCGUUGUAUCCAGGAAAUGGAUAUUGACAACCGGAUGAUGUUGUAUCAGCAUAUAGUUUUAAGCGGAGGGAGCACAAUGUAUCCUGGAUUACCUAGUCGCCUGGAGAAAGAAAUACUGGAUCGCUAUCUUGAUGUUGUUUUAAAGGGGAAUAAAGAUGGGUUAAAGAAACUGCGGUUGCGGAUUGAGGAUCCACCACGAAGAAAGCAUAUGGUCUACCUAGGAGGUGCAGUUCUUGCUGGAAUUAUGAAGGAUUCACCAGAAUUUUGGAUUAGCAGAGAAGAUUAUUUGGAAGAAGGAAUUGCUUGUCUGAACAGGUGUGGUUAGGCAUUAAAAUUGAAGGUUUUGCAACCUCUUUUCCUGUCUGUAAAUCGGUGAUAUUCUUCAAAAAGAAAUGCAAACGAAUGUAGAAAGCGUCUGAACUUCUGAAGAUCCAUAUUCAUCUUAGAUGAAGAAUUUGAUAGCUCACGAAGUGAUUCAUUGAUAACUACCAGCAAGAAAUAGAUUAAAUCUGUACUAUCCUUCUGACCAGAAGGAGCAAAUAGCUUUUCUCCCCAACAUUUUUGGAUUGUUUUUUUCAAUUAUCUUAUAUUAAACUUAAUUUGUAUUUGUUUUUCUGUAAAGAAGCCAUGUGGGUCUCGCGGGGUUACACAGUAAAGGGUGGUUCUUGCAAUUUUAUACCUUUCACAAAAUUAGUGAAAUCUUCUACUCUAAUGGCGGAUUAGGGAUUUAAACUCAAAAUUUGUGCAAUUCUGGCUUGAAAGGCAUUGAAAGAAACCAAUGACAGGCUCAUUCUUUAA